AUGCUCAUCACAAGCAGGAUGUGGGACCCACCCGAAUCAAACGGGAUGCUUAUUGCGCAGCAUCAGCGGGACCAACAGCUGCAAGUGAUCUCAGGGGACUGCGCGACCAAGAAGAUGCAACCAAAGGAUGCAGUGAGCGAGUUGCAGAAAACCCAUGAAGCCAUCCAAGCUUUAGACAAACAAGUUUCCAUGCUUCAAAUGGAGCUAGCAGCAGCUAGGAGUUCUCGUGAAAGUGGGAUCUCGGAUUCAAAUGCUUCAUCCACCACUUCCGGGGAAGGUUCUCCAAGGAAGAAAGCAUUUAUUGUGAUAGGCAUAAACACCGCUUUCAGUAGCAGGAAGAGGCGUGAUUCAGUUAGAGAGACUUGGAUGCCUCAAGGUGAACAACUACUUCAGCUGGAACGGGAGAAGGGAAUUGUUAUCAGGUUCAUGAUUGGCCACAGUGCAACUUCCAACAGUAUUCUAGAUCGAGCUAUUGAUUCUGAAGAAUCCCAGCACAAAGACUUUCUUCGCCUGGAACAUGUUGAAGGGUAUCACGAGUUGUCUGCAAAGACCAAGAUUUUCUUUUCUACUGCAGUUGCAAUAUGGGAUGCUGAUUUCUAUGUCAAGGUGGAUGAUGAUGUCCAUGUUAAUUUAGGUGUCUUGGCAACAACCCUUGCUCGUCACCGAUCAAAACCCAGGGUCUACAUUGGGUGUAUGAAAUCUGGGCCAGUCCUUUCCAGAAAGGAUGUCAAAUACCAUGAACCUGAGUUUUGGAAGUUUGGAGAAGAGGGGAACAAAUACUUCCGACAUGCAACUGGGCAGAUAUAUGCAAUCUCUAAGGAUCUAGCCACUUACAUUUCCAUCAACCAGCCGAUUUUGCAUAAAUAUGCUAAUGAAGAUGUCUCGCUUGGUGCAUGGUUCAUCGGUCUUGAAGUUGAACAUAUUGAUGACCGCAAUAUGUGCUGUGGAACUCCUCCAGACUGUGAGUGGAAGGCACAGGCAGGUAACAUAUGUGUUGCCUCAUUUGAUUGGAGCUGCAGUGGAAUCUGCAAGUCAGUGGAGAAGAUUAAAUAUGUCCACUCAAAGUGUGGUGAAGGGGAUGGAGCUGUUUGGAGUGCUUUAUUUUAG